CAACAUUCCCACAGCCGCUCCCCCACUGCGUAAACAAUGUCUACGAUCAAGGACAGUUUCGUCAACCUUGAGAACCACCGACAGAAAUUACAGGACACUGCGGAGAGACUCUCUACAGCGCUCGCACAAUGGAAACGGUGGAAGGGAGAAUAUGAAGCAUUGCGAUCUGACGUGAAAUCCGUUCCAUCAUCCUCUCGUCGACAGGACCUGAAGAAGGUUCGAGAGAGCUUCAAAGGAGAAUUGCUGAAUGAGAAGGAGCUGGUCGAUAUAUUUGGCCGCGACGGCUCAUCCAAGCCGGAGCAGAUCGUCAGUAAACUUACUAAUCGGUUAGACUACGUCGCAAGGAACAUCGAUACCCUCUCGAAGCAAUUAGAAACGGUCGAGAAUAAGCUUGCCGCUGUCACCGUGGUGUCAAAUCCGGAUGCUACCGACGAGGAUGGAUUACCCAUAACAGAGAUAUUGGAAGAGCUGGACGAUGACGACAACGUCAUAUCGUAUAGCCUGCGAACCGCGGGAGAGAACCAACCGCAAGUCCUCGAAGCGCUCGAGAAGGUCGGUGUCACGGAUAAACUACCCGAUGAAGCUAAAGACGCAACGGCUUCCGAGACGUCGCAGCGUAUCCGGGGUAGCGAAUCAGAGCUGUCAAAUAAUGUCUCGACCUCAUCGAUCCAACAACUCAAGAUCGCCGAGCACGGCGAGUCAAAACCCUCAAAAGGCGUAUUGAGUCGGCCAUCGGAGCAGUCCGAGGCGCCCCAAGCCGAAGAAAUACCCAAAACAAAAUCUGACGCUCGGAAAAAGACCGUUAGCUUUACGGAGGGCACGAAAUUAGGAGAACCUGAGGAACCAUCUGUGACCGCCAAGAGAUUAGAGGAGAUUCUUCAGAAGGCUAGAGACCAGCAGAGCAUCAUAUCGGACCCUAUUUUCCCUGCCGACGAGUCUCCGGAGGACGCGGCACUACGGGAGGACAUGAUCCGCUACAAUAAGGAGACAAUGGAAUUCGAAAUGGCCCCCAUUGUCGCCGAAUUACAGCUCGAAGAAGGAUCUUCAGAAGAUGAUACUGACGAUUAUGAAGACGAUGAAGACGACGACGAGGAAGACGAAGAGGACGAGUGGGGUAGGUCGAAAAUAGCCCUCGAUGAUGAAUGGAAACGCCAGAUGUUGGAGCUUAAGGAACGGCUAAGCCACCAUACCUUUGGCAAAAGCAAGGCAUCAAACGAUGAGGAAGACUUAGUAGAAGGUGUCGGCCGUAUAAGCAUUCGUCGUGAAAACGGGGAUGUUUCAAACGGUGACGUCGGCACCACGCCCUCUCUACUGCCCGCAACAGCGGGUUCAACGCCAGCAAAUGACUCUAAGAAGAGCGUCCGGUUUGCCGAGAGUCUUGAUAUUGGCGAGGACUCGGUUCCAGCAACGAAACAGUCAGCAUCGGGCCAGCUAAAGGGCACCGAUAUAGAACCUCUUUCGGACGUAAUGGAGCGCAAGAGCAGUGCGGCCCAGCCGGUGGUGGCCCCGUCUAAGAAGCCUUCUCGGUUUCGGCAGGGGAGAGGCAUAGGUUCUCCGAUGAACGUGAAGACGCCUACCUUCAACGGCGUCCCAAUUGCUCCGGAGAAGCCCGACCUCGAACGCCAUACCCCCUCCGGACCAGAAGGCCAGACCUUGGCAAGCUCGGUCCUAGAGCAUGAGCCGUCACUGGAGGUAAAAGAGCCAGACGAGUUCGACGCGAAUCUGUUGCAUCAGCAGGUCACGGAUGAGUAUCACAAGAUGCGCAACCGAUUCAUGCAUCGUCAGGGUGGGUUCACGAAGGAGGACGAGAGCCCCAUACGACCACUCGACGAGGACGAAGGGGGCGGUUCGAGACGAAUCAGCCGUUUCAAGGCGGCGAGGCUCGCUAAAUCGUAAAGAGGAAACUGGAACUAGGCUUACUAUCACAGCGCAAUGACGACGAGUUUCGUUCGCAGCCGGCUCUCUUGGCCGACCUCCUGCGAAGCUUCAGCAUACAUGCACACGUAUGUACGUGCGUCUGCUUUUAGGUACCUUCGGAGGCCCCCCUCUUCCCCCUCUCUCUUUCCGAUAACUCCUGCUAUCGUCCCUCUUGUGGUGAAACCCCGUACGGGCGAUAAAAGAAUACCUAGACAUUCAGAAC